AUGUUCGCCAAACCCCGCCCAAAGAAAUCGCCCCUCCCACCGGCGCCCUCGAAGAAACGCAAGGCCAUCCACGCCAUCGAAGAGAUCUCCUUCGACAACAGCGCCCGCGCCGAGUACCUGACGGGUUUUCACAAGCGCAAGGUGCAGAGGCAAAAGCAUGCACAGGAGGAAGCGGCCAAGAGAGCGAGACAGGAGAGGAUCGAUAUGAGAAAGCAGCUCAGAGACGAGCGCAAGCAAGCUGUUGAAGAUCAUGUGAAAAAUGUCGAGGCUAUGCUGAAGGAGUCCCAGGUCGCCGGACUGGGCUCGGGGAAUGAAGAGACAGAUACAGGCUCUGAGCAGAGCGACGGUGAGGAGUGGGGUGGGAUCGAGGACACUGCACCUGCGCCAGCUCUGGAACCUGUGGAUCACGAAGAGGAGUACAUCGACGAAGAUCUCUAUACGACAGUUAAAGUCGAGGCCGUCAGUGUGGACAGAGACGGGCUGCACAACAAGGCCGAAUUGGAGGCUGAGGAUGAACAAGAAGAGACAGGAGAUGAGGUGCAGGGAAAAAAGACGCAGUCUAGAGAGGGUGAGGAAAAGAAGGCAAGAAGGGAACAACCCAAAAAGAAAAAGAAGAAGUUCCGGUACGAGUCAAAGUUGGAGAGGCAGGCUACAAAUAGGAAGAAUAAGGCCAAAAAAGCAGGAAGAUAG